CAAAUUCGCAUGCUUCUCUUCUCAUGGAAAUUCUAUAAAUACCAUCUGUCGUACAUAGUUUUAAAUCCAAAUUCAUUCAUCACUUGCCAAAUUCCUCCACCAGCCAAAUCAAAACAAGGUUGUCUGAAACAGAUAACAGGUUAGCAAGGACACAAAUAAUUCAGGAUGAUGAUGAUGAUUAUGGAAAGCAGCAUAGCAGAUGUGUUGGUGAAGGUAGCCAUGUUCAUACUGAUUCAGGGUUUGGUAUAUCUCAUCCUUUCCAACUCAUCAAACAUCUUCUCCAAAACCACCAGGAGAUCACAUAGCUUUAAACCAGCUCGCUCUGUAAGCAUCCGUCGGAUGCUUGCUGUUCUUGCCGACUUACCCGCCGGCGGUGAGCUCUCUCCUUCAACAAAUUACUCAAGGGAUAAUUCGCAGUCUCCUCGUAGCCCGGAAAAUGCAUCGCCUAAAUACUACUGAUCAGCAUGCAUAUUCCAUUUGGAUUUUUGUACAAGAUUGUUAAUAUGUUUGCUUAAAUAUGUUUGUGAGUUUGAGAGAUUCAUUUGUUCUUUGAUUAAAUAUGUAUUCAGUGUUGAGAUAUAUAACACUGAUGACACUACGAUUGUAAACAUUCUGUGAAAUCAAUAUACAGAGCAUAUCAUUUUCUUGAA